UACUAAAUGUUCAUUUUGUAGAGCAUAGUGUUGAUUUUGGCGGAUCGCAGAAAUGUUGUUUGGGUUAUUAAUUUGGGCCGCGCAUUUUGAGCUUUCCCUUGUUGCACCUAUCUUAGGUGCAUAAGGAUGCAUCUAAGACCAAUUGCCCUUUUUGGCCCUAUUUCUAAUUUCUAUACCCUUACAAAUAAAGCUAAUCCUAAUCAUGGGUAAGGUUGGGCCUAGACCAAUUAAAGGCAUAAAAAAAAAAAAGAAAAAGAAAAAAAAUGGAAAUAAAAGUUGUUCAAGCCAACCAUUUGAGGUUGUUCACAAAUUAUAAUCGUUUUCUAUUAAAAAAAAAAAAAAAAUUAUAAUCGUUUUUAGCUCUAAAAAAAAAGUUAAGAAGCACAACAAUCGCGGCGACCGCGGCUGUUGCGGCGGACUCCAUCACCACCACCGCUGUAAGAUUUUCAUACUAUCUAAUUUAUCUCGUCCAAAGAAUUAUCGAGUCCAAAAAUGGCGAUUUCUUCGAUUUCUCGCCUUUUUACAUCUGCAUAUAGACUAAAAAAACAACCAUUUUCACUCAUUACAAGAAUCAAUUUUUCAUCAGCAAAAGAAUUUUGUACCCACCUCUUAAAUUGCCCCCAAAACCCUGAAAAAACCCUUGUUAAUGUUAAUGCUAAAUUGGAUGUUCAAUGUGUUACUGAGGUGUUGCGUAGUUUUUCCUCAAAUCAGCCCCAAUUAGGUCUUCGUUUUUUCAUAUGGGCUGGUUUACAGCCUACGUAUAGGCAUACUCAAUAUAUGUAUAACUUAGCUUGUAAGUUGCUCGACAUUGGUCGAAACCCGGGUAGGAUUAGAGAGAUUGUUGAGUGUUAUGGGGUUGAAGGGUGUCAAACUAAUGUGAAGUUGUUUAAAGUUAUUCUUAAUUUGUGUAGAGAAGCUAGGAGUGCUGAUGAGGGUUUGUGGGUAUUGAGAAAGGUGGGUGAUUUUGGUUGUCGGCCGGAUUCGACAAUGUAUAAUGUGGUUAUUGGGUUGUUUUGUGAAAGGGGGGAUCUUGAUAGGGCAAUGGGGUUGAUGAGAGAGAUGGAAUCAUGUGAUUUGUGUCCUGAUAUGAUUACCUAUAUGUCAAUGCUAAAGGGGUUUUGUUUUGCUGGGAGAUUGGAGGAUGCUUGUCAGUUGUUUAAGACUAUGAAAAGUCAUGGAUGUGCUCCGAAUUUGGUGGCAUACUCUGCACUCCUUGAUGGGCUUUGUAGAGCUGGUAGUUUCGAGAGAGCGUUGGAGUUGUUGGGUGAGAUGGAGAAAGAAGGCGGGGAGUGUACACCAAACGUCAUUACUUAUACAUCAAUUAUCCAAACUUUGUGUGAAAAUGGCAAGUCAGUUGAGGCGUUGUCGAUAUUGGAGCGUAUGGAGAGUUUUAAGUGCCAACCUAACAGGAUUACUAUGAGUGUGCUUAUCCAAGGUCUUUGUCGCGAAGGGUAUAUUGACAAGGCAUUUAAACUUGUUAAUGAUGUAGUUGUUGGAGGUCAAGUCUCGAAAGAUGAGUGCUAUAGUUCUCUUGUGAUCUCUUUGUUGUGGAUCCAAAGAUUUGAGGAUGCGGAGAAGCUUUUUAGGUGGAUGUUAGGAAGUGCUGUGAGGCCUGAUGGGUUUGCAUGUACUGUCUUGAUGAAGGAUUUGUGUUUAAAAGGAAGAUUUUUUGAUGCAUUUUAUCUAUAUGAGGAUGUUGUGAAGAAGGGCUUUGUACUAACAAUUGAUUCUGAUAUAUACUCAACCCUACUUGUUGGUCUUUGUCAGGAAAACCGUGUGGAAGAGGUAGGAAAACUGGCCAAUUAUAUGGUUGAGAAAGGGGUAUCGAUCAAUGCCUCUUAUAUUGAUAACAUUCACAAUCACCUUAAAGGAUCAAUUGAGAUGGAGUCACUUGCACAUUUGUGUAAGAUGAGAAGAUGAUACUAAACUACACUAUCCUUUUAACAUUGUAUUGGUUAUUAGUAUCUCCAGAGGAUUUUUGCAAGUUUUAAGAUCUAACUACUUCUUUAGCGCCUGAAAACAUGCUGGCUGCACAAUCCUGGUUCAACUUCUUUGUGAGAUGUAUCUAUGCCAAACCAGAGUUUCGUGUUGCAAGUUGUACAGUAUACAUGGUAACAAGUGUUGUUUUAAAAUCUACAAAACCACUUAUUUUCAAAGGAGAACAAUGUUACAAGUUUUUAGUAAGGUAAGUGGUUUGUUUCCACCUAUGGGCUUCAACUUUGCUGGUGGUGCUUCCGUGGUGUUGAGACCAAAAGACUACCUUGUACAUAUGGGCUUUGUCGAUGGUGCCGCACUUUGGUGUAUAGGAUUUUAGAAGGUUCAACAUGGUCAAGGAAUUUCAAUAUUACCAGAAAGAAAUGCUGGAAAAUCGCGGAUCUCAUCUCAUAUCUCUCCUCCAUUGAAGCGACUUUCGAGCAUUCUGUAAUCCUCCAUUGAAGCAGCUUGCUAGGCAUGUGAACAAUCAAUUGGAGGAUGAGGAUCUUACAAAGGAUAUGCAAUUAAUUGGAUUGUGCUCCUUGACUUUGGAGUUCACCUCCUUUUUAUCUUCCUUAUUUCUCCUUAUGAAAUUAUCAGGCCCCUUCUAUUGAUAUCCCUUUACUUAUCUUCCUAGAAGCCUAUUGAACUGAAGUUGACGAGAUAAUUUGGGACUACAAUAGGCUGCACAAUUCUUAGAUUGAUUGCUUCUUAUAUUCAGAUUUGUUUUACAAUUUAGUGGUUAAGAUAUUGGUUCCAAUGUUCUGAAUAAUUAGUCCCGUAUUGGUUCUCUGCCUGAUCUGUGAUGAUAAUAUAGUAGUUUUACGGUUUCUUUUGCUUUCCUGAUUGAGGUAUUUGGUGAUUUAUUUAGGAAGAAUCUGUGUAAGAUUCAUUUAGGUUUACUGGAUGUAGGAUCGAUGGUUUUGGGGAAGAAUUUGAGGUACAUUUGCGGCAAAAAAUGAUUUAGUGUGUUAUUUAAGGAGAAUGGGAGUGUUUUGCAGCGUGAUUUUUUUCUGUCCAUUAUUGUCCUUGAUUUAUUAAUUGUUGGUUUUUGUCCUAUUAGCUUCAAUCUUUUUUAGAUACUCUUAUUAUCAUAACCUUUUUUUUUUCUAAUGUUUCUUUAAAAAUAAAAUUAAAUUAAUGACUGGUUAAAUAUUAUGUCAGGCCGGUAAUUCUGCACAUCAAUGUAUUUUUAUGUGUUUUUGUUGAUUUGAUAAGAUUUAUAUGAAAAAAUUAGGUGUUAUUGAAACUUAAGUUGGACCUCUCUUACUCUCUCUACAUAUAUGCACCCUUACAAAUAUCUUGGAGGGAGGGGUGGUUUUUGGUUUAAACAGAGAAAGGGUUUGUGACCAGUACACUCACUACAUGAAUCUGUGUUGGAUCACGCGCUGAUUUUAAUAUUGUGUUCUAUAGAAACUAUGUUAUCCAGUACGUCAGCUAAAACUUCCAUUUGCAGCAGUACAGUUUGUCUCUCAGUUUGAAGGGAUCUAUGAUGUGCAGUCCAUGCAGAAAUCAGCAGUGAAACUUCAAACAUUUUUCAACCAAUGUAUGAUAGUCACCAAUUCAAGGUCUGCUGCUUAUAAAAUCAAAGCGUUUAUGAGGAUAGUCACCAAGCAUUCUCAUUGACUUGAGUGUGGGCGUGCUGGGCUAGGGAUUGCCCUUCGAGUGGUAGCUUUGGUCUUCAGACACCCUAAUGAUGCUCUGGGAGAAGCAGACGGAGUUGGUAUCACUGUUGGUUUUGCUCCUCUAAUGUUGUGCAUACUGUUGUUUAGCUGAACUACUCAGUUUACAGCAUUGUUUUCUAAGUAGCUGCAGAAAUGUUGGAUAUCAUCUUCUUGGCUUAGCUUGAAUCUGUUUUGUUCAUAUUCUACCGAGAUAAGAGCCCAGAUAAAAGUUAGUAUGGAAAUCUGUAGAGAAACCUUAUUAUUUGACAUGUAGGAGUAUUUACUGGGAGGAAAUUACUUGAAUAUAGACUAUCACUUGUAUGUUUUAGUAGAAUGUAAGAAUGGACAAGUUACGCAUAGAUCAAUUUGAUUUUUUUUGA